CAAAAGGUCGACUGGUAUCAAUAUCCGCUUUCGUGUUUGGGUUUCUAAAUCUCAGCUUUUUGUGUUGAUUGUUUGAGAUUUAACACUAAAUAUAUAAACAGUUGCGUGCUAGUCAUUGAAGAUGGGUGCAUUAGCCAGCCGACAGAACGCUGGUGUCGAAGAAGUGGAUAUCACGACACAUAAUGCGUAUAGAUACCCUCCGAAGUCAGGGUGUUAUUUUGGCAGUCAUUUCAUCAUGGGAGGUGAAAGAUUUGACACUACUCCUCCAGAAGCAUACCUCUUUGGUGAGAAUGCAGACCUUAACUUCCUAGGAAACCGACCAACUCCUUUCCCAUAUCCUGCACCGCAAGCCAAUGAGCCAAUAAAGACUCUCAAAAGCCUGGUCAACAUUCGGAAAGAUUCAGUGCGCUUUGUGAGGUCGGCGGAAACGCCGAAGGCCAGCGGCGAUGAGACCGCGCUGAACACCGAGCCGAACACUCGCUACAACAUCGAGUUCACGUUCGACUGCGACGUGCGCUGUGCGAUCACCAUCUACUACUUUGCGACGGAGGAGCUCGCGAACGGCAUGGUCGUCUACCAUCCGCGUGACCCCGCGAUGAACUCCGAGACCUACCACUACAAGCGCGGCGCCAACCAGCAGUUCGCGCAGACGUCGCACGUGUUCGAUCCGUCGCGGCACGCCGACGACGACCUCAACUACAGCCCCGAACGCGAGGUGCUUCCCGUCGUCGUGCAGUGCGUGACGGACGAGACGGAGGACUUCUCGCGGCAGGCGCACAUCACGUUCUGCUACGUCGAGCGCUCGUCGGACGGCGCCUUCUCGCUGAAGCCGCUCAAGCAGAAGCAGAUGGUCGACGGACUCUGCUACCUGCUGCAGGAGAUAUACGGCAUCGAGAACAAGAACGCCGACAGCGGCGCGAAAGCGGGCGACGAGGACGACGUGGACGACAACGGCUCCGAGUGCGUCAUCUGCAUGUCGGAGGUGCGCGACACGCUCAUCCUGCCCUGCCGGCACCUGUGCCUCUGCAACUGCUGCGCCGACUCGCUGCGCUACCAGGCGAACAACUGCCCGAUAUGCCGGUCGCCGUUCCGCGCGCUCCUGCAGAUGCGAGCGCUCCGAAAGAAGGUCGCCGGGGUGGCGCCACCGCCGCCGCCCGCGUCGGAGGCGGAGGACUCCUCGGGACCGGCGGUGCACGACGCGGGUGUGCCGCCGGGAUACGAAGCGAUCUCGCUCAUCGAGGCGCUCAACGGGCCGAGCCAGUCAUCGCGGCAACGCGAACCGUCGCUGCCGGCACCGCGCACGGAGGCCGGCGGAGUCGCGGCGGCGCCACCGUCGUACCGCAGCCCCGAGCGCGCGCGCCUCGGCGUCCCGAACGGCGACGUCGCCUCGCAGGAGCCCGGCCGCAACUUGACGCUGGGUCUCGCGGCGGCGGCGGAGAGCGGCGCGGCGGAGUCGCCCGGAGGUGGCGGCGGCGACACGCCCGAGGUCAUCAUGUCCGGAGUGGCGCGCACGCCGGAGAAGGACGCGUCACGCGCGGGGAAGUCGACGGCGAAGCGUGACACGAAGGAGGAGCAGGAGGAAGAGGAGGAGAGCAGCGAGUGUACCGUGCUCUUUCUUCCCGAGGAGGACAGGGUGGAGAUCGUGGACGAGAUGCAGCAGCCACGCCACACGAGGUUUGCGAAGCGCACAGUGGAGGACGAGGAGGAGGAGGCAGAGGAGGAGGAGGAGGAGGAGGAGGGGGACGUCGAUGGUGCUGCUUCCGAGGUGGGGUCCGAGGAAGAGGAAGCUGUUAAGGAUCAGGAAGCGAAACAGACGCAUACCGAGGAUUUAGAGAGUAGCAAACCGCCGAGACAGGUGCCGGAAAAGACCAGUAUUCCAUCAGGCACGGCUGCGGUGAAGGACUGCAUUAGGUUGCCGGGCACGCCCGACGUGGACCGAGUGAGCGGGGAGAGCUACGGUUCCUCCUGCAGCACUAAUCGGCUACUGGAAGAGAAUCAAGCGGCGAACAGUGGGAAUAAGACCACCAUGCUGUGAUGCGCCUGCAUCCACACAUCGUCCGGUGAUUUGAUGGAACAUGCAGCGACUAGAGAGAACACGAGUGAUCGAAAAAAUAUUGACAGUGUUGACGUUGACAUCCUUGUUUUCGAAUAGUAGCAGUUUUGUGAUUUUGAUCAAAAUCUGUUAUAAUUGGAUUUGUAACUACGUGUACUAUAGCAAUUCUUGUUAUUCUACAUGUAACUACAUGUUGGACCUCCCUGGUCCGGAAAGCUUGCGGCCAUCCUAGUUCUGGAUUAGUGAAAAUUUCGAAGGACCGAACCUGAAGUUAAGAGAGACAAAAUAAUGCAUACACUGCAUUAUUAUUGAUACCGAUGAAACUUAUAAGUAGUAUGUAGAGAGUAUAAACCUAACCUAGGCUUACUCGACCCCUUUUUGACAGUAUUACUGUGGUGGCACAAGUUACUGUACUGUGACACGUAAAUAAAUAAAUUAGUAGAUAAAGCUAACGGCUGCCAAAUGAAAUCACCUCAUUCUGAAUCCUCGAAGCUGCCAAACGGUUGGAUUACGGAUUCAAUUGAGGUUUGACCUGUCGUAUAAAUUCGUUCAAGUUAUGCUAUUGAAAUAUUUGAAAUGGUGGAUGUAGGUAAAUAUCAGGUGUUGCGAUGUGGGACACCUGUGGUCCAGCCGUCUUCUUACUGACCAUAAUGCCUAUGAACAUGUGUGUCGGUGUUUUGACAUGCAGCAUAGACAAACAUUUACCAACAGUUUGUGCUGUCACUUUGGACCGGGUAUAUUAUAUGUAUAUGUGAUCAAUAUUUAAUCAGUGCAUGAUCCAUGUUUGUGUAUAUAUAUGUAUAAAUUGUAAGCACAAUGUCAUGUAGACAGGGCAUAAACAGUCUGUAAGUAUUUGAUUUUAGUGAAAGCCCAUAUAGGUGCCCCCCCUCCAUAUUCUGGUAAGUGUGUGUGAUUUUCGCCACUUUGUUAAUAACAAUAUUAGCUGUCUAAACUUCUCCAACAAAUCAUUAUUGCAACUAGAUAUUGUGCUGUGUUUAAUAUCUUACAUGAAUUGAUACGACAACAUGUUGGUCUACAUCAUAUGGUUGUAUUAUCUCAGCUAGUUAUAAUAAUUUAUUUUUGCAAUUCUGUUGAGUUACUAUAUGUAUUACGAUAAUUAAGACAAUGGGUCUCUGCAAUAGGUAACAGACCCCGAACCCUCAAUAUAGAUAUUUGUUUUCUUAUAUUCUUUAGUUGGCGAAACUUAAUAUGAUAUUUUACCCUGUACCUUGGUGUAAGGGAGUGAAUUACAGCUAUCCUGGCUGGUGAACAUAUCUAUAUGGUAAAUAGUAUAGAUAUGUUUACACUAUCUUCAUGCCUCAUAUAUAUUGCUUCUAUUCCAUUCAGCAUGCGCGCCAAAGAAAAGGCAAAAAGUACACUUUUACUAGACGUUCUUGCGUCGAUGAUUACUAUAAAGGUAAUGUUUUAGUCCGUUCUUGCAUAUAAAUAUUAUCAGGGGUAGAUAAUGACAAUCUUUUUCAUAUUAUAACCUUAGCUUGUCACGAAAAAACAAAUAAAAUUCUUCUUUAGUGUGUAUCACAGCAGGAACCAAGGUUGAUACGGUUCCACAUGAACACAGUCAAACGCGUUAGCGGUCACACCUAUAGAACGGUCACCUGUCUAUAAAGGUCAUAUGCAUUUUCUCUUGUGUGCAGUUAUACAGCCAACCCACCUCUGUAAGACGGGAGUGUGUCCCCAAAGCCCACUUCCCCUUUGCUGUUUCAUUUGAGUUGGCUUUAUAUACUAGUUUUACUGUAUAUAAUUGAUUUUUGUGAAAAUGUAAAAAAAUAGUGUAUCCACAAUAUUUAAAGAUGAACGAAAAUGGAUUUAUACGCAGUAUAUAGAUAUAAAGGAUUGCGAAUUUAAGAGAGAAGUAAUCAAUUUGUUCAUUAUCUGUUUCAACCAUAGAAAUAGUAUAGGUAUACUGUACUAGUGUCUGUAGUGUAGGUAGUAGUGUCGCUAUAUAUUUCUAUGGUUUCAACAGAUUAAAAAAGAAAUAAAUGAGCUCACUUACUACCAAGAUAUUGUGCUGGCGCGUUGUUUCGACCUGAAAGUUUUUAUCUAAAAUCUUUAUUUGUGCGAUGGUAUACUUGAUGUGCUGAACAGUCACCCUAUAUAUGUGUAUUUCGUACGUUAAAGUAGACUUGCUGGUUCCUGUGUGAAGUUAUCAAGUUGAAUAAAGUUGAGCUGAUUUGUUAAAUCACA